AUGGAUGCUAUUAAAAGUCUGGAAAAUACUAUUGCCAUUCCAAGUUCUGCUAAAGGGCUUCGAAUUUUGGUGGUUGAUCAUGAUACUACUUCACUAAUGCACACUGCAUCUAUACUUGAAGAACAAUCAUAUAAAGUUACGACGAUUGAAUUAGCAACUAUUGCUUUGUCAAUGAUUCGAGAAUUGGAGAACCAAUAUGACCUUGUCAUUGCUGAAGUCAACAUGCCACAAAUAGAUGGAUUCACAUUUCUCAAUCACAUUUUGCUUGAAAGAGACAUCCCAAUUAUUUUGAUGUCUCAUAGAUCAAAUAUGGAGAUGGCCAAGAAAGCUUUGGAUGAAGGAGCAUGUUUUUUUUGGCAAAAACCAAUAAGGAUGAAAGAUCUCAUUAAUGUUUGGCAACAUAUUUUCCACAAUAAAGUCAAAGUAAAACUUCAAAAAGUGAACAAAGGAAAGUUUACAUUUCAAGAAGAGGAAUCUUUUAUUGGAAAAUACAGGAGAGCAGAAGAGAAAGUUGAAUUUAUUAAUCAUUUAAAUGAUUCAACUGUCAAUAAUUAUAAGGAAAAGAAAAGCAGUCAAGUUCGCGUUAAUUUGGGGCAAAAACAACGUUUAAUUUGGACCCCUCAACUUCAUCUUAAAUUCCUUAAAGCAAUUAAUGCUUUAGGAGAUGAAAAAAAGGCUCAACCAAAGGAACUAUUAAAGCUAAUGAAUGUUCCCAACUUAACUCAUCGACAUGUUGCUAGUCAUUUGCAGAAGCAUAGAUUACGAGUAAUGCGUUCAAGUGGUAAUUCUGAAACUAGUAGAUUAAAGCCUUAUUAUGGUAGCAAUGAAUUGCAAACGAAAAUGGAUUUUUCAAAGUCAUUUUUUGAAUUAUCAAAUUCAUCAAAUGCAAAUCCAUCUGCUAGUAAAACUCAAUUAAAUAUUGAAAGCUCAAGUUAUUUUGGCAUUGACAAAAUUAAAGAGCUACUUAAUGAUGUCAAGUCAUGUUCAAGCAAUAUGGGAAUAAAUGAGAAAAUUGAUGAUAAAGAGACUUUUGCUAUAGAAUCAAAUUCAAGAAUUUCUUCAUGUGAUGUUGGAGUUAUCAAUUUUCAAGAGGGAAAUUACUCUCAAGGAUUAGAAAAACAAGAUCCUGGAUUAAACUUUUCUGGGGGCCAGUUUGAGUAUGACAAUAACUUGGAGGAUUACUUUGGCGACGUGCCGAACUUGGAGGUGAAUAGUGGUAUUAUGGGGAAAUAUGAAUUGUCUUGUUCAUCUCCUUUGGAAAAGAUUUCAAUGUGUGAAACUGAGAUAAUGAAGAUACUUGAAGAAGUGUAA